AUGACAUGUACACAUGGAAAUGCUAAUACUGAAUUAGCAAAAGAAUACAUUUCCAAGCGAAAAAUUCCACAAUUGUUUGAAGCAUUAAUCACUGGCCUUAUGGUUCAUAAGCCAGAAGAUCAUCUCGAGUUUAUCAUAAAUUCAUUAAAACGAUACAAAGAUGGAAAUCAACAAUUGAAAUGGGAUGAAUUCAUCGAACGUAAAGGUGGAAUGCACAAUAUAUUAGCACCGAUUACUAAAUCGACGGAUUUGAAUACAGCACCUGAAAUCGACAACCGUCCGCCGAAACUUGAUGCUAUACCUGCUGGUAAACACGAAGAAAAACCGAAAAUUCAAGAACGACCACAAUCUCCAACUCCGGAUCAGCAGCUCAAACACGAACAAGAAAGAGCACAAGCACCGAAGUUCGAUCAACAACACACAAGUAAUGACGAUAAGGCUAAACAUCAACCACAACAGACGACAAAUGCUCAAGUAACUGAGCACAAACGUUCAUUACAAGGCAAGCCGAUAGUUUUCGUUGGUGGUGGACCAGGUAGUGGUAAAGGUACACAGUGCGAGAAAAUGAUUGAGAAAUAUGGUUUCACACAUCUAUCAGCUGGUGAUUUGAUUCGUGCUGCUGUUAAAGAUUCAACAUCAGAAAAGGGUCGUUAUUUCAAUGAAAUCAUGUCUCAAGGAAAACUCAUUUCUACUGAAGACAUUCUCGGUUUACUUAAAGACGUAAUUUAUGAAAGAGCUAAUCAAGCAUCGGGAUUUCUGAUUGACGGAUUUCCACGUCGAGUGGAUCAAGGCAUUCAAUUUGAAAAAGAUGUGGCUGUAUGUGACCUGUUCAUCUACUUCGAUGUACCUGAUAAUGUGAUGAUCGAACGAUUACUGAAACGUGGAGAAACUAGUGGACGGGUUGAUGAUAACCAAGAAACGAUCGCAAAGCGUCUGCAUACAUUUAAUGAAGAAACUACACCCAUCUUAGAUUAUUACAGCAAACAGGGUAAACUCGUCAAAAUUGAUGCAAAUAGAAAACCAGAUGAAGUGUUUACGGACGUAUCAAAAGCAUCAGAUCGAUUAUUGUCACAUUAUCAAACAAAUGACCAUUCUCAUUCAUCCAACAAAGGUACGUCUAUAUGUAUUCUAAACACAUUGCUGAUACCCAAAUCAGUUCCUUAG